AUGCAUGUAAGUGUGAGUGGGUGUAAGGGGGAAGGAAAGAUGGCUCGUGCUGCGCGGUACGUUUGUUUCUCCCAAUCAGGUAUCUCCAACCACCCCAAUCAGGAUAAGCUCGAACCUCCCGAUCGGUCUCCCGGCAUGUGUGAUAGUGUACUGCAUGACAGGGUGUGUGUGUGUGUAAGAGGAAGGAAAGAUCGUGCGCGGCACCAAAGCAAUGGCGCCUUGGCUUUAUCGCCGCUCGUGGCGGGGCUUUGGCUUGCGCCGCUUCCGGCUUCAGGGCCCGCUCAUAGCGCGCACGUGAUCGCCUUUCGGGAGCGCCCGCGGCGCCCCUGCGGCCGGAUGGGGAAGCUACUCGGCAGAGGUGAGGGAGACGGUGAGCGGAUGGUGAUGAUGAUAGUGGGUGGACGUGUUCAUAUUAUUAGCGACGGAGACAGAGCUGAUAUACAGGGUGAUCGGGUGGAAGAUCGGAGGAUGGAAGAGGAGGCAGCAAUGGAAAGUGAGGUCGUGAUUGGUGGCCUGAUGGGAAGAACUUGUGGAAGGGACAAGAAGGGGAAGUUGCAGGUUCUCGAGGGAGGAGAAGGAAGCAAUGAAGGCCAAGGCCUGGUUGGUGAGAUGGAGUUAGCAAUGGACAGGAGGACGCGAUUGCUGAGAGUGACAAGUCACACGAGAGGGGGCAUUAGUGGUGAUGAUUGGAUGAUGGAGCUGGAGAGGAAUUCGCUGGGAGGAGGACUUGUAGUGCGAGCGAGUGGUGAUGAUUGGAAGAUGGUGCCAGAGAACAAUGAAGGAGAAAUCGGGAUAGGUGGGGUGAUCAAGGUUGUGGAAUGGAAGAGAAGAUGUUUCGACGGAGGAGAAUACAGCAACGAACAAAGGAAGCGUCUCGCCUGCUUCCCGAAAGCGCCACCAGGCAGCGCGAACAUUUCGAGAAACCGGCAAGGGCUGAAUAGGAAGCUGCAGGCCUCGGAGCGAUUUAGCAAAGUUCUCUUCCUAAUUGCCGCGCGUCGAACGGGCCUGCGGGUUCAAUUUUGGGGGGCCCGGCAUCUACCACAACUCUCGCAUAGGUGGGGCUUGCCGGCUGCCACGAGUGCUGAGAGUUUGCGCUGGGGGAGGGCGGCGGAGGGCGCCUUGUUGGAAGCGUCGGUGUCUUGGUUUUCGUUUACGGCUCAGGGAGAGGAGGUAGGUGACGCACCAGGCAUAUCCUUUUCCUCUCCGCCCCUAACGGGCGCAGGACUAUCUCACUGCCAUAGGAGCGGCGACGGGCAUGCACAGAGAUACGCGAUAAAAGACUGUAGGUGUGAAGGGACGAAACACACUAGAGUUGAAAAAAAGAGGGAAAAGCAGAACAGAGAAAUAAGAGAGAAAGGGAGCGGGGGAAUAAGCCAUUCAGGCAGGAGCUAG